AGCUUGAGCUAAGGGAAAGCGUUAUGUUUCAUUUUUAUUCGAAUUUAUAUUUUAGAAAAUGACUGUAUGGAAGCAAUUUAUUGCUGGAUGUGGUGCAGCAUUUGGUGCGUUCUGCUUGGGUUCGUCGAUUGGCUGGUCGGGACCCGUGGAGGAGCCCAUCAAGAGCGGCGACUAUGACAAUUUCUCGCCAAGCGAUGAUGAAUGGGGUUGGGUGAGUUCGCUGCUGAAUCUGGGCGCUGCAUGCGUUUGCAUUCCCAUUGGCAUACUGAUUGGUGCGUUUGGACGCAAAGCUACCAUGCUGUGUAUUUCGUUUCCCUAUGUUAUUGGCUGGGCACUUAUUGGCAUUGCGCAGCAUGUGUCCAUGUUGAUGGUCGGGCGCUUUGUACUCGGCGUCUGCGGAGGUGCCUUCAGCAUUACGGCUCCGAUGUACAGCACCGAGAUAGCCGAGAUAGAAAUCCGAGGCAUACUGGGUUGCUUCUUUCAGCUGUUGAUCGUACAUGGCAUUCUCUUUGGCUUCAUCAUAGGCGCCUAUUGCAGUGUGCUGGUGGUGAACAUUGCCUGUGGCGUCAUGCCCAUUGUGUUUUUUUUGUGGUUCAUGUGGAUGCCCGAAUCGCCUGUCUUCUUGAUGCAGCGCGGCAAGACAGAGCAGGCUCAGAAGGCAAUGAAGUGGCUGCGCGGUGAGGAUGCGGACAUCGGACCUGACUUGGCCGCCUAUCAGGCGGAGGCCAACAAGCCAAAGACUAAUUGGCGCGAGGGGCUCAGUCGCAAGGCCUCGCUCAAAGGCCUAGGCAUAUCCAUUGCACUCAUGAUGUUCCAACAGUGCACUGGCAUUAAUGCCAUUAUCUUCUAUGCCACAAGUAUUUUCAAGUCAGCCGGUUCGCCAUUGUCCCCGGAGUUGUGCACCAUUGUGCUGGGCGUGGUUCAGGUGGUGGCCACCGUAAUUGCCAUAUUGCUUAUCGAUCGCAUUGGUCGCAAGAUACUGUUGAUUACCUCGGCAGCGCUUAUGUUUAUCACAACCUUUCUUAUGGGUGUGUAUUUCAUGUGGCUGUCCAAGGACGUUAGCUGGUUACCGGUUUCUUCCAUUUGCUUGUUUAUCGUUGGCUUCUCUGUGGGCUUUGGCCCCGUGCCCUGGCUGGUUAUGGCCGAACUCUUUGCGGAGGAUGUUAAGCCUAUUGCUGGCGCAAUUUCUGGAACUCUCAAUUGGAUUUUGUCCUUUGUCGUUACCAAAUUGUUUCCACUGGGCAUAAGUGCUUGGGGUCCAGCUCCUUGCUUUUGGAUCUUUGCUGGCUUUGCUUUAGCGGCCGUAAUAUUCAUCAUCUUUCUUGUGCCGGAGACCAAAGGAAAGACUCUAAACGAAAUUCAAGCUGUGCUCGGCGGCGAGUAAGAGUUUGUUAUGCAUAACAAAUAUUACAUAAAUCAUAAAUAACCAAUAUGCUUUGGCAAAUAAAUGUUAAACAAGUGUGAGG